AUGUUCGGCGGCGACGGCGCGGACGGUGCGAAUCCGUUCGGCGCGCCGCGCGCGCGCGCGUUCGGGACGAGCGCGCGCGACGCGAGCGCGAGUCCGUUCGGCGCGAGCGACCCGUUCGGGCGCGGCGACGCGAGCGCGACGACGGCGACGACGGCGCCGGGAGGGGCGCCGGGCGCGGGCGGAGGGACGGCGACGCCGUUCGGGGGGUUCGGGGGGGGCGCGCCGGCGGCGAACGCGCCGGGGGGGGUCGGAGGCGCGAGCGGCGGGUUCGGCGGGUUCGGCGCGAGCGCGAGCGCGAGUCCGUUCGGGAGCGGGACGGGCGCGGCGGCGCACGGAGCGAGCGGUGGGGGUGGGUCGGCGUUUGGAGGCGGUGCGAACGCGUUCGGGGGUGGAGGGGCGUUCGGCGCGAGCGCGCCCGCGGCGAGCGCGAGUCCGUUCGGCGCGCCCGCGAGUCCGUUCGGGACGGGCGCGCCCGCGGCGAGCGCGAGUCCUUUCGGCGCGAGCGCGAGUCCUUUCGGCGCGAGCGCGAGUCCUUUCGGCGCGAGCGCGAGUCCUUUCGGCGCGAGCGCGAGUCCUUUCGGCGCGAGCGCGCCGCAAACGGCGCCGUCGACGCCGUUUGCGCCCGUCGCGAGCUCGCCGUUCGGCGGCGGCCCAUCGUCGACGACCGCGCUGGUGUUCGGCGCGUUCGGGGCGGCGUCGCCGAGCUCGACGCCGUCGCCUUUCGCGGUGAAGGUACCAGAACCAUCGGCGGCGGCGUCGCCGUUCGGUGGCGGUGGGUUCAGCUUUAGCGCGUCUCCGACGACUGCGCCCGCGAGUCCUUUCGGCGCGAGUCCUUUCGGCGCGGCGCCAGCGGUAUCUUCGGCUCCGACCGGCGGGAUCUUCGGCGUAGCGCCCACGACAGGGGGGUUGAGCGCCACGGCAUCGCCUUUUGCGCCUAAACCGGCCACAUCUGGUUUCGCGUUCGGCGGCGCGAAUCCACCAGAGGCGGAGAAACGAGACGCCAUCGCAAGUAUUCCUGCGUUUGGUGGCGGCGCGAAAGCUUUCGUCCCGCCGAAGCCAAAACCCAUUGCGGAUAGAUUAAACUUAGCUAGUGAAGCGCCAUCGACGUCAAAUGCUGCGGGCGAUGAGACGGGCGAAAUCACCACCUCGAGUGGUCACAUCGUGGGUACGUGCGAUUUGAUGUGCCCGGCGAAGGAGAGAGAAUUCAGGAGCGCGAACGGCGACUUGGAAGUGUUCGAGAGAGUCGACCCAGAGGAUCGCAUGAAGUCUCAUCCAGAUUUGUGCAUUAAAAAAUAUACGCGCAUCGUUGAUGAAAUUACGCCUGACAUGGUUCGAACGAAGAAAGGUUUACAGUUGGCGAUAGAUCAACUUUGGCGAAUUCUCGACGCCGAGGACAAAGACUUCAUGACAAAGAGCAAAUUUCUUUGGGACAGGCUGCGAUCUAUUCGCCAGGAUUUGAAUUUACAGCAAAUCACGGAUUCGUUCGCGGUAAAGCUAUUAGAGCAAAUGGUUCGUUACACCAUCCUAGCCGAACACGAGCUGUGCGAGGCGACAGCGUCGGCGACGAACCCGGACGGGCACAAUUCUCACUUGAAUGUUGAGCAGCUGACGAAGACACUCACGUCUCUUCGACACAUGUACGACGAUCAUGCCGAUCGUGGUCAGCAACUCGGUAUUGAUGCCGAGGCCGAGAUGUUCUGUUAUCAGCUCUUGCUUCGCAUCGACUCGCACGGACGCUACGCCGUGCAACGGUCGGAGAUGUUGAACGAUUUAAGGAGCGUCCGCGCUGAGGUGCUAAAGCAUCGUGACGUUCAAUUCGCGCUCCAGUGUCAUCGUGCAUAUCACGAAAACAACGUCGCCCGAUUCUUUCAUCUUGUGAAAAAAGCGACGUACGUUCAAGCUUGCUGUCUGCACAAGUUCUUCAAUAGCAUGCGUGGUAAAGCGCUCGAGGUCAUGAACACGACGUACGGCAAGUUCAUCAUGCCGAUUACCGAAAUCGCGCGUCUUCUGCAUACGGAUGAUAUGGAGACGGAGGCGUUGUGUAUACAUCACGGAUUAAACGUCACCAGAGGUAAAGCCGGGGAUAAACCACCUGCGGUGACUAUGCGCGAAUCGUCGUACAUUUCUCCCGCGGAAGAGUUUCCAAUCUCGCGCUCAGAUUUAAUCAUGAACAAGCGAGCCGCUUCUUACUUGCUUGAGAUCGUCGGUAAGGACGAAUCGGUUAGGAUUGCUGCCAAAACGCUCCCAACUAUGAGUACACCCAAAACUACGCCACAAUUGUCCGAAGCGGAUAAACGCAAGCAGCAGGCUGAUGAACUCCGAGCAAAGAUUGCGUUGCGCGAAUCGCAGCUCGAAAAGGAACGAGCCGCCAUUCUCGCCAAGAAGAAGGAGAUCGAAGAACGCAAGGCUGCGGAAAAGAAGGCUGCGGAAGAAGCUGAGCGAAAGGCUAAGGAAGCAGAGGAGGCGGCAAGGCGAGCGGAAGAAGAAGCGAAGGCUGCCGAGGCGAAGGCGAGAGCUGAGGCUGAAGCUGCGGAAGCCGAGCGAAGACGUCUCGCAGAAGAAGCCGCUCGAGCCAAAGCCGAAGCUGAGGCGAAGGCGCUCGCUGAGGCUGAGCGACGAAAAGCAGAAGAGGAAGCGGAACGUCAACGAGUACUUGCCGAGGAACGAGCUCGAGAGACAGCUGCCGCCGCACACCGGGCUGCAAUCGCAAAAGCCGAAGCCGAAGCUCGCGCGCGCCGCGCUGCCGAGGCUGAGGCUGAGCGACUCCGUCUUAUCGCUGAAGAGAACGCUCGACGUCAAGCGGCUGAGGCAAAAGCAGCGCGAAAGCGAGCGAAAAGGCACAUGGCGAUCCGCCGACUCACAUUUUCUCUUUGGCGUAUGAACUCGAAGGAGUUCAAGCGAGAGCGGUUGAUCGGCGAAGCGCUCGCCAUGGCAAGUCCUGCGCCGGCGCUGAAUCUCGGCGGCAAGGCUCUCCUCGACGCGAGUGCGGCAUCUGAGCGUCCGACGGACGCGCUUGCGCAACUUCGAAAGAAGAUUGAAUCUGUCCGCUCGCCAGAAUUCGGCGUGCCUUUGGAUGUUCCGCAAACCGUUGGAUUGGCGCUGCACGAAGCUGCGGCCACCGCGGCGCCGAGCGCUCUUGUUUGGAAGUGUCUCAUCUGCACUGGCGCGGAGGCAGACUCCGGAGCGAGCGCGUCAUCACGACCGAGGACGACUACAGCGACAAUCGUCGCGGAGUGGCUGCGCACGAAACUUUCUCGGGGCGGAAGCGCACACGCGACAGAGCCUGGCACUGGGACGAUUUUGUCGCUCUACGGCGCCCGACUUCCACUUCCAGGAACUGAUGAGGAAAAUGAUUACAUGAUGGGUCCUUUGGCCUGGAUCGUCGUCAGAGACGUGCCAGCAAUGAUGGAAAAUUCCAAAGGUUCCAACGCGGGCGCGUCAUCGGCGAUUUUCGUUCUCGAUUGCGGUGGCGGCACGUGUGAGAGUCACGAGCUGAAGCGUCUUCGAGCGUUCAGCUCAGCGGUGAAGAGGAGUGAAGCGCCGCUUGUAAUCUUCGUCGCAUCGAGAGACAACACGAAUCAGAACGAUAUCAAGAAAAGUAUCACAAGUUCCGGCAUCGAGGGCGCGUUGGUGAUAUUUCUUCCUCCGAAAGGUCCGGAAGAAUGGUCCGACGACAAGUUGUCCGAAGUGCUGGUUUGGACGGCGGAACGCGCGCCAAAGGCGCCUCGACGCAGGAUCGCAUAUCUUUCGGCAGAAAUUGAAGAAGCGUUACGACCAGGCUAUGUCAACUUGACGGUCAAGCCACGUGUGUCUCCGCGAGCGUGCAUACGCGCGUUCAACGAUGCCCUCGACCAGCUGGAGCAUAAAAUACUCGAAGCCGCGCAAACUGAGGACGGCGCUGAAUGGCCGCCGGUUGAGAUCGGUCUCGUCAACGCGGCGCUUCCGCCGCCUGGCUGGAGAUCCAAGUCCCGUCGAACGAAAGUGUUAGAUUUGUUGCAUUCCGUGCGCCUGCCAGAUUUCGAGGCUGGAGAGAAGCCCGUGCGCGCUUUCAUCGAUUACGUCGCAGCGGUGUUACCGCACUACCCGAAAGACUACGGCCAAUGCUUGCUCGCGCAAGCGCGAUACGACCCGCAUUUCCACAAGCUGCAAGACAUUCCGUGGGUGACGCUGUUCCAAACUCUCAUCACACUUCUGCUGAGCGGAUUAGAGAGCCAAAGCCGCGACGCGUGCAUCUACCUUCCUCCGGGUCAUCCCUCGUACGACUUCACGCCGUACGAGCCCGAGCCGGAAUUGCUCGCCGAACGCGCGUCUUCGAAGACGCCGACCGAAGCCUUUGACGACGCCACGAACCGCAAGCGCAAGCACGAGGCGCUCGCCACCGCCAUCCCCGAAGCCAGUCGGUUCGAAGAGAUCGACUCCGCACCCUUGGACAACGUUCGCGCCGUCUUGGACGAUUUACGUCGCGACGUCGACGCGCACGCGCGCUUCGCCGACGCCUCCGAGCGUUGGCUCGCCGCGCUCGCGACCAACACCCCCGGCACCGCCGAAGACCCCGAAUCGUUCGCCGACGCCGGCGAAUCGGACGCGCAUCUGACCGCGUUCAACGCGUCCGUCGCCGCCGAGCGCGCCGCCGAGGCGCGUCUCCGGCUUCUCCUCGACGCCGCGCCGUAG